UUAUUUACUCAGUUUAUCUGACAAUCACAAAUCUUACCUUAAUCGUGUCCUGGCUGAUCCAUAAGAAGGUUGAAAGAAUUCCACUGAAUCGCGGAAUCGACACACAACGCAGAGUGAGUUAUUGAAGACGCUUCACAACUAAAACAUGCUUCACUAUACGAUAACGAUAAACUACGAUGAAGAAAUUUAGUUGAAUUCCGUGUACACAGAGUCAUCUAUGCAUAGUUUUCACAAAGCUGUCCAACUGAAGGUCAUGUUCGUUUGUUCGCCACUCUUGUUCGAUUUUUGCGAUGAGGUUAGAUGAUUUGUUUUUAUAAUAUUGACUUGACUUUUAUCAAUAUAUCCUGAAAAGGAUGUGUUUGCAUUUUUUAAAGGCCAGGAAUUUAAAAUGACCCAAAGCGCUGUUUGAAAUGUGCUUCAACUUCAUGUUAGUAAAUAAUUAAAUGAGAUUACUAGAUACAAUGUCUGUUCGAUGGAAUACUGACUUUUUUAUUGCCAUGGAGCACAGAGACUUACAGGCCAAUGCUAUGGCCUUAAAUAAUACCGGUACCUAUGUCUUACUAGCAGGGAGGAGGUACAUUGCUAUUAGGAAUUUAGAUGACACUGACACUGAUAACUUGAAGAAAUUUCCAAGACAAAGUAAAUAUGAUGUAGGAUCUGCAGAGUGGAAUCAUACUGAACACAAUAGUGAGCUUUGUGUUAUUUCAUGUAAUCAAAGACUAGAAGUUUUAACAUGGCGUUUGGGUGAACUUACACAAACCCACUCACUAAAAGCACACACUAGAGUCAUCACUGACUUAAAUUGGCAUCAUACUGAUCCAAAUCUACUUGCCUCAUGUUCCGUUGACACCUUUAUUCACAUUUGGGAUCUGAGAGACUCACGUCGUCCUACAACUAGUCUAUCGGCGAUUGCGGAAGCCUCACAAGUUCGUUGGAACUACAAAAAUCCCUAUCUCCUUGCCACAGCACAUGAUGGUGAUAUCAAAUUAUGGGAUCGACGUAAGGGUACCGCUCCGGUUCUUUAUAUCUCUGCACAUCUGGCUAAAAUUUAUGGAUUAGAUUGGAAUCCGCAUGUGGAAACUCAGUUAACAACGUCUAGUCAAGAUAAUACUGUAAAGUUCUUUGAUAUUAGCUCACCCAAGAAGCCUGAGUACAUUUUAAACACGAGCGCACCUGUUUGGCGAGCGAGGUAUACUCCAUUUGGUACUGGCUUGGUAACAGUAGUAGUACCCCAACUACGAAGAGGCGAGAAUAGUCUAUUAAUGUGGAACACUACGAAUCGCACCGCUCCAGUGCACACAUUUAUGGGACAUAGAGACGUAGUGUUAGAAUUCGAGUGGCGUAAGAAGAGGGAUGGCGACUCUGAUUAUCAAUUAGUGACUUGGUCGAAGGAUCAGAGUUUACUAGUCUGGCGUAUUGAACCAUAUCUUCAAAAAUUAUGCGGUUAUGAACCUGAACUACCGUCCAAAGACGUCGUGAGCGAAGAUAUUGUUGAAGGAGUUGAAGCCACUACAAAAUAUGCCACAAAUACUAAACUACAUGCAUUACAACAGGAGUUUUCUUUGAUGAACGUUCAAAUUCCAAAUUUAGACUUGAUCAAAAUGGAUGUUAUCAAAAGAACUUGCACUGUACGUGCUAAGACGAGUAACUAUUUGGUUAAUCUUCAAGUUACCUUUCCGAAUGCUUACCCCAAUCACGUACCACCGAACUUUCAAGUAAUUCAGGGAUCUAGCAUUGAUGAGAAAGCUUCGAGCGAUUUGAGCCAAGCUCUGACACACAUUGCGCAGCAACGCGUAUUGAAAAAUCGGACUUGUCUUGAACCAUGCCUCAGACAACUGGUCAGCUUCCUUGAACAAUUACCACAGGAUGCUACAAAGAUCUACACUCCAUAUUUAGAGUCGCCAAAUAUUUUUGGUUCCUACAACGAUGCCUAUAUUCCAUUUCCAAGGACGUCAGGUGCUAAGUUCUGUUCGGUCAGUACUCUAGUUUGUUUCGGUCGGCCACAGACGAGAAGAUUAUCGACAAAAGUUGACAGUACCACGCCGAGGGCUUUGUCUGCUUUGGGAAGUAUGAUCGGUUCGAAGAGACCGAAUGAUCAACUUUCCGUUUCGUUAUUUUACUAUCAGAAGCAAAGACCGCGAACGAAAGUAAAUUCAAGAAGUUUUAAGGCUAUGGUGGUGGUUUAUGAUACUUCGUCAUUGUUUCUGCUUAAUAAAAUGCUUGCCAGGCAAUAUAUUAUGGAUGGCGAUGUAGGUACGAUUUGUAAAUAUAAUGCGAAUGUGGCUGCGAAGGUUGGAAGGAGAGAUUUGGUGCAAGCUUGGACUUUAGCUGAGUUGGCAGCUAGUCCACAGCAGGCCGAAGAGGACAUGAGUACGAAUCCGCUUGGAACACAAUUAAUGCAAUCUUUAAUUGAACAUUAUGCAUCACAAAACGACAUUCAAAUGGCCGCUAUGUUGUCUUGUAUUUUCGGCAAAGAUCACGAACAAACCGCACGAAAACAAUCACUGAAGACGUUACUAAAUCCUACACCGGUAUGUUGACUUGAUUCAACUCAUAUUUCAUGAAAAUUUAAUAUUGUGUAUAAGGUGUUUUAUUGGCCUUGAUAUUUCAACGCAUCUUCUAUCAUUUCAUUUGUUUUUUCUAUUUUUCAUAUGAUAGCAAUUAAUUCCUGGGAAACGGUGGCGCAAGGUAAC